AUUGGCUGCAACAACACAACCAUCAUCGGCCCAUCAACCAUGCCAAAUUGCAAGCCUUUAUACUUUUGCACAGCUAUUCAAGCUGAACAACAAACAUAAUAGAUUGGGGGUGCCCCAUUACCCGCAACAGUCCGUACACAGUUAUAUUUUUGAGAAAGGCCUUUACAACCAUGAUUCAUUGUUGCAUUGAAUGGGAGAUGCUCGAAGCAUAGAGAAUAUGGAAUCAAAGGAAUGGCCAGUAGUGACCAGAAGAGCAUUGCAUCCAGACAGGAAGGAGAGGCACCAGCCACGCUUGCAGACAAGAUUGUGAUCAUAGCUGGUUCGGUGCAUGCAAAGGAUGCGGCAUGCCGCGAGGUAAUAUAUAAGUUACGCCAGAUGCAAGGUGUGAAAGAUCUGGAGCCGGGCGUUUUUGUCAUCAUAAUCCCACAGAUCUCAGUUCCGGUGGUGAUUGGCACAAAGGGUGCUCAAAUCAAAGCCAUUAUGGAAAAAUCAGGUGCAGAGAUCAAUGUGGGACGAGAGGCAAUCAUUGGCAUGCCGGAUCAACCAAUCAGCAUAAAUGGCACCGUAGAUCAGGUGGUUUUGGCUGUCUCUGGUGUCAACAGCGUUCUUCAGGAUAUGAUGGACAGGGGGAAAUUGAAGGAGUCUGACUUUCGCAAAAUUGACAUCGGAGCAGCUCCUAUGACUGCAGACACUGCCAUGGCUAGUUGGCCUAGCAGCAGUGGCCAUGGAGGCCAUGGAAAUGCUCCUACCCAACAGAACGGCACCCAGAACACCAGUGUCGCCAGUGUAAGUGGCAGUGGUGGCACAAAUGGUUCUGGCCUUGGGGGCGGUGGCGCAACGAGCAUGCCGUCCUUUCCGGGUGCUGAGGGCGAUGUCGGAGGCAUGGGCAAAAGCGAGCAAGCUUUUUUCUCAGCGUUGCAGGCCUCUGGCAUCAAUUCUGCGGAGUUGACGAUCCUGCUGCCCUCUGAACUCUUGCACACUGUGCUUGUGCCAAGAGGAAUCAUGAGCGAGGUGGCACAAAGGUCUGGGUCAAGGAUUGAUGUUGGAGCAGAAGGGCCUGCAAAGAUGCUGCAGGUGACUUUGCACGGACAGAUGGUGGGAAAUGCAAUGGCAGCGUUAUUACUGCAAGAGAAGGUAUUGCAAUGGCAAUCAAUGAAAUAAUUUCUGGAAUAUUGAAUAAUUUAAAUAUACGAAAA